UGAUAAUGAAAUCGGAAAUAUUCACCUAUGGUUUUAGUGAUCAUUGGAUGAUAAGAAAUCUAUUAUCAUCUAAUAAUAUUAAAAAAGUUGCCUUUCUACUUACAUUCAUAUUGAUUGGAUAUCAUGGCGUUCUUCAUUUGACUUCAGGAGUAAAAUCAUGCAAAUGGCUACUUAGUGAUGGAAGUUUUCAUGGAUUCGGUAGCUAUCGUGUUUGGCAACCAUACGGCUGUAUGUUGCAUACAUAUUCCAAAAUUGAUACACGAAUGUGCCUCAAAUACAUUGCCUAUUGGGGUGGCCGUAAUCAUAUUGUAUUCAUGGGUGAUGCACGUAUCCAUCAAUUAUAUGAACAAUUUGUACAAUCUAUUGGUGUGGAUCCACCCCCAUCAUCGACAACAACAACAACAACAAUCGAUCAUCAUUUUGGAGAUUCCGGUUAUCAGGAUAAAGAUCUAAAUCUAAACAUUCGAUUUUUAUGGCGUCCAGUUGUGAAUCGAUCAAUGAUUGAUCAAUGUAAACAUUGGUCUUCGAUAAAAGAUCAUCUUAAACCGAAUAUUGUCAUAAUGGGUAGUGCUACAAAUUCUAUUCGCUCAAGUAAUGGUAGUGUUGAAGCGUUAGAAUUUUAUCAUAAAAAUCUUACCAUAAUGUUACCAUGCAUGGAAGCAUUGAAUCGAACGACUAGAUUUUUAUGGGUUCUACAAGAUCCAAUCAAACAACAACAUUCCGGAUUUUUAAGGAAAGAAAAACCUAAAACAACGAUGAUUACAAAUGAACAAAUCGAUCUUUAUAAUAAAGCAGCGAUGGAAGCACUUCGUUUUGCCAAAGCAAAUACGGUACAUGUAUGGAGUUCAGCUCGUUUAGUAGCACAAGGUUUCAGUGGUGAAGAUCCAAUAAAUGGUUCAAAUGAUGAACUUCGUAUCGAUCCACAUUCUCUACGAUUUUCCAUUCAAAUUCUAUUGAAUCUUUAUUGUAAUGAUCAUAUGAAUUAUAAUGAUGGAACAUGUUGUAGUGAUCCGGAGAAAAUUACUGCCAUUCAAUGUGUUGUUUUAAUGGUGUUCACAAUGAUCAUUGUGAUCAGUGCAACGAUUUAUAUUUAUAGCCGAUAUUUUAGUCGACAAAAUUAUUUCCGAUUACGACGACGACAAUAUAAAUGGACACGGCUAAAAAAUGAUGAUUGUGAAUUUGAACUUAUUGAAGUGAAUGGUAUUUUUGAUAAUAACAAUACCGAGAUCAACAAUAAUCACAAUGAUGAUCAACAAAAUAACGAUACUGAAGAAGUAAGAAUCAUUACAAAUCAAGAACAACAAUCAUCAACAAACGAAAAAAAUGUACCAGUAAUGAAACGAGAUUUAUUCUUUCCAUUGGCUCGUUUGGGAAUCAUAAUGUUAUAUUUUUAUCUCUGUGAUCGUACGAAUUUUUUUAUGAAAGAAAACAAAUAUUUUACUCGACCAAAUUUUCUACUUCCAAUUGCCUAUGUAUUUGCAUUAGGCUUAUUCUUUACGGAUGAAUCAUCAAAAACUAACGUAUUGCAUACAGAUCAAACAAACGAAAUGAAAGGCUGGAUGCAAUUGGUCAUUUUGGCUUAUCAUUAUACUGGUGCAUCACAAGUUUUACCCAUUUAUAUGUCCGUUCGAUUAUUGGUAUCAUUGUAUCUAUUUCUAAGUGGAUAUGGACAUUUUACCUAUUUCUAUACUACCGGUGAUGUUAGUUUUACAAGAUUUUGGAAAGUAAUUUUUCGUUUAAAUUUUCUUGCCGUUUGCCUUUGUCUUUGUAUGAAUCGUCCUUAUCAAUUUUAUUAUUUUGUUCCACUUGUUACAUUCUGGUUUAUAAUAAUGUUCACCACAUUCAAAAUUAUACCACAUGUUUCAACACAAUCGGCCGAAUCAAAUUCAUCACAUUAUUUUUAUCUUGUAUUGAAAAUUGUCACUUUGUUUGCCAUUGUUUCAUUAUUAUAUACAUCGGAAGUAUUUUUCGAAAAUAUUUUUCUUAUUCGUCCAUGGAAAGCAUUGUUUGUCACUACAGAUGAUUCAAUCAAAGAAUGGUGGUUUCGUUGGAAAAUUGAUCGCUAUAGUGUCCUGUUUGGAAUGGUCACCGCAUUUGGCUUACAAAUGUUACGUAAACAUCAGCUUAUCUGGGAGAAUGAUACGUAUCCAUAUUUGUUUACAUUUCGUAUCAGUAUUUUCACAAUAUUUGCCGCCCUUAUCGGUUUGAUUUUCUACAUAGCGUUGACAUUUAUUUGCAAUAAUAAAUCUGAAUGUAAUGAAUUACAUCCAUAUGUAUCAUUCGUACCAAUAAUAUCGUUUAUCAUAUUACGUAAUACAUCGAAAUGGUUUCGUUCUCGUUUUAGUUUAUUAUUUGCUUGGUUUGGACGAAUUUCUCUUGAGUUAUUCUUAUGUCAAUAUCAUAUAUGGUUGGCUGCUGAUACACAUGGAAUACUGGUAUUGAUACCAGGCUAUCCAGUAUUGAAUGUAGUAAUCACAUCAUUUAUAUUCAUAUCGAUUGCACAUGAUAUACACAUAAUAACCGAUUGUAUUGUACAUUGUUUAAUUACAAAUGAUUGGCGUCAUACAUUACGUAAUCUAAGCAUAAUUUGUCUUAUAUUAUUACCGGUCGGCAUUAAAGAUGGAAUGUUUUAAUCGAUCUUUGAUCUACGAUGACUGUUGAUCAACAAUGGAUAUUUACACAACAAAUUGAUGUUUUUUUCCCUCUGAUUUACUAGUCAUCAAUCAUCAAUCAUCAAAUCAAUUGAU